AUGUGUAACGAAAAAAAGAAGCUGGAGCGGCAACGUCUGCUCGAUGCGUUAAUGCAAACUUUACGUCACGACGGAUGCUGCCCCAAGAGCGCAUCCUCCGACCUGAAGAUGUUAGGGCAACGAGAGGAAGAGCUCUUACAGGUCGAAGAAAUGAUCAAGCGUGAACUGUGCAAAGUCCGCAUGCAUCGGAACGAGCUUGUAUCCAUCAAUACCCUACCCGCUGAAUUAUUGGGCUUCAUCUUCAACCUGGUCGUUAAUAGCGCACCCAAGAGUUUCGAAUCGGCCGUUCAAAAGUGGCCAUUUGCAGAUUCACUACCUCAGUUGGACGUCAGCGGGCCAGCAGCUCGAUCCCUUGACCAUGAUUUUAACUACGCGAUGACCCUCUCCAGUGUCUGCAAGCGUUGGCGGGAGGUUAGUAUCGCUUCGGCAAGGCUUUGGUCGACCAUCUAUCCCAGCAGAUCCAAACUUGUUCCUAUGUUGAUCGACCGGUCCAAAGAGGCCGGAUUUGAUGUCGUAUUGAUCGCCAGGCAGGAUGCUUCACAUGCAUCCAAAUUUCCUGCCACAGCCACCAAAGCCUCUAUUCCAUAUUGGCCUGAACCACUUACAAAUUAUCUGCGCCAGUUGAUUGUGCAGCUCGACGAACGCCAGAUGAACCAAUGGGCAGCUACCCUGGCUAACUCUACGGCUCCCCACCUUGAAACUUUAUGCAUCUCGGUCACCCGCCAUGCAAACGUUGUUCAAUCCGAACCACUUUUCAACGGUGUUACCCCUCGACUGCGUUCGUUGACACUCUCUGGCUUUGUUGUCCCUUGGGACUCUGACAUCUUUGCAAACUUGCAUGAUCUCACACUUAGACAACACAAGACCAUACACAGGCCAACAAUGCACGAAUUCCUUGCGUUACUUGCCCGUAGUCCGGGCCUCCGUCGCCUCGCUCUGGAACUUUCUGGCCCACAGCCGCCUCCUGCCGAUUUCGAGCAUACGGCCAAGAAUAUUGAUCUUUCUAAACUCGCGAACGUCGUUUUACAUGAUAUACCACCUCACGUUGUUGCGCUUCUCGUACAUCACACUACGUUCCCCUCCUCUACACAGCUUUCGAUCUCACACGGCCCUCACACUUUACACGCGGUCGACACACACGUUCUAUCCAUGUUCACCCGCUUCCGUACGCCACUUUUACGAGCACGCGAGAUGCGGCUCUUACCCUGGAAUAUCGGCACAGACAAACCGGGUGCCGCAUAUACUUCUGGUCGGGGGUUACUUGAGAUGCACGUGCAUCCCGACCUGGCGCGCGUCAAGGACGUGGUAGAUGGCAUUUUACGCACUCCGCUUCGUUACGUCCACACUCUGGUUAUGGAAAACUUAUCGAUUUCUGAUCCCGCCCUGGUCGUGGCAUUACUCCGACAUAUGCACAUGGUCGAAAAGCUUUCCAUCAUCGAUUGUGCGUUUGAUGCGGUGGUCGUCCGAGCUCUCGUCAGCGAGGGCUUGUUACCCGAUCUGCAUGAGCUGACACUCUCGGGCCACGAGGUCGGCGAGACAGAUAUUCGCGAGCUGAUAGACUCUCGCAAGUCUAAUCCGUCUAAUUUGCGGUACAUCUCCGUGAGCAACUGUGCCAGUUUGUCACGAGGCUUUGUCGAAUGGGUUGAAUCGGGAGCUUGGCAUAUUGCUGCUUAG